AUGGUGUGCAAUAUAGUCCGGAUCUCGCCUAACGAGCUCUCGUUUGCCAGUGCGGAAAGCUGGAAAGCCAUCUACGGUCACCCCGGAAGCGGCAGGCAGAUUGCGCGAAAAGGACCCUUCUAUGACGUCCUGGCUGCCGGCUUCAGCAGCAGAUGCAUCGGAAGCGAGCGUGAUCCCCAGAAACACUCCGGCAUGCGGAAGAUUCUGAGCCCAUCUUUUUCGCAACGUGUUUUGGUCGAACAAGAGAAUAUUAUCUUGGAAAUCGUUGAUAGGUUUGUCACGAAAAUGGGAGAAAAAGGAGGAUCUGGAACAAAAGGUUUGAACAUGACCAAAUGUUACAACAUGAAUUCAUUUGAGAUUCUUGGCGAGAUGGCUUUCGGAGAGAGCUUCCGCAAUCUUGACAUUGAUAUCCUGAAUUCCUGGGCGGAUACUGCCCUUGAGCAUCUCUACAUCGUCACUCUUAUUGACAAUUUGCGGCGCAUUGGGUGGAUGUCCAAACUUGCAAGACUACUCAUCCCCACAUGGAUCGUCACCAACAAUCAACAUUCGAACUAUAGUCGCCAACAGGUCGAGAACCGUCUUCAAGUCAAAGCGGCUCGCAGCGACUUCGUCAGUCCGCUCGUCGACAAGGUUCGCGCAGGAGAAGUCUCUAAGGAGGAAAUGACAGCUCACGUUUCAACAAUCGCAAUUGCUGGUGGAGAGACCGUGGCAACUACUCUAUCAGCCUUGACAUGUUUUCUCGGUCAAAAUCCAGAGAAGCUGGAACUUCUCGGCCAGGAGAUUCGUGUCGCUUUCAAAACCUACGACGAAAUAACCGGAUCGAAGGCCCAGCAGCUACCAUACCUGCAAGCUGUUAUCAAUGAAGGUCUUAGACUGUUUCCUCCCGCUUCUGGGGGCGCGACUAGGCUCUCUCCUGGCUUUGAGUUGCACGGCCAAUAUACACCUGAAGGCACCGACAUCAGCGUCAGUCCCUGGUCCACCGUUCACAAUCCAGAGUAUUUCUCCGACCCCUGGCAUUUCAAACCAGAGCGAUGGCUGGACCCUCAUUGCAAAGAUAAUAAGGAUGCCAGUCGUCCGUUUCUGCUUGGUCCUCGGGACUGCUUAGGAAGAAAGUAA